AUGGCUGAACUCACCAUGGAGAAUGGCAGCUGCAUGGACUGGCAAAAGCGAUGUCUUGCGUUGGAGUCCCAGCUCUUCAAAUUCCGCUUGCAGGCAAGCAAGAUCCGAGAACUGUUAGCUGAGAAGAUGCAAGAAUUGGAGCAGAGAGUAAUGGAAGCGGAGCAAAGAGCUGAGGAUGCAGAGAAACAGGUCAGAAUUAUGGAAGAGGAGAUAAAACUAGCCAACAUGAAGACUGGUGAAUCAGACAGCACUCUGUACAGGAAAUACCAGGAGCUGAUGGGUACAGUGCAAGGAAAAGAAGACCUGAUUAACAGACUGGAGACUCAGCUAGCAAAACAGAAACAGCUGAGGACUGAGGAAGCCAAAAUUGUUCAAGAAAAAGCUGCCAAGAUCAAAGAGUGGGUAACAUUUAAGCUGAGAGAGCUUGAGCUAGAAAACUACCACCUGAAAAACUGUAAUCAGAGGCUGACGGAGCAAAUUGAAGCCCUUCAGGAUACAUUGCAAGGUAUGACCAGCAUUUCUCCCUUUAAAUCUCUUUGGAGCUGUAAUUCUCUGAAGUCCAGAGCACCACAGGCUUCUUUACCUGAGAAGAUAGACCAGACAUCUAUGCUUCUUGCACCUGGUUUCAGGCAGGUAUGUCAAACAAGACCUACCAAACGUGUCUUCUCUACAACAAGCAUCGUCCUUGCCAAUGACACCUUCACUGAGGAUGGAGGGGAUAAAUCUCUGCUUUCUCAGAACACACUGAAGCUCAUGUCUGACCCAUCAAGCUGGAAUCUCUCUGCAGAGAAAGGCAUAUUUUCAACCAUAAGCUCUGAACACAGGUUAGGGUGCUCUGAUCCUGUGUCUCUGGACCCUCCAGCUGAGCCCACAAAAAUCCUUGAGGCUUUGACUUUCCGGUCUUCAUUAGAGGGAAACCAUCGCACUGUGAGCACCUUGCAACAAACGUCUUUGGAUGGAGUUGGCUCCUCUGAUGAUCUGAGUGCCAGGUUCCGUUCCCACCACCUGGAUUCCACUUCCUCAGGAGGAAUAAUGAGCAUGCUUGAGGGCCCCCUCCAGACUGCUGGGCCACCCCUGGCCGUGUCAACGUCGGCUGUUACAGCAGGUUCCAUCUGUCCAGGGCGGGAAUGUGGCCUUGGAAGUAGUAUGACCUUUCCAAAAACACGGACUCCCAAUGCGCCAAGAGACAGUAUCCAACUAGCCAAGAGACAUUACAGCCAACCACAGUCAGGUGCUGGUUCUUUCCAUCGUGUAAUGAACUUAGAGGCUAGCACCUUCCAGCCCAUAACAGACUUCCCAGUCUGCCAUGGGCCAGUGGAGGAAACAGACAUUGAUGAUUAUAGGGUGCAGGAUAAGAUGGAGACGGAAGGUGGCCUGGUGAGGGAAGAAGCUGGAAUGUAUGAGAUCAAGCACUUAACUGCAAAGAGAGAAGCUGUGAGUUCUGAGGCUGGCAUACUUGAUCCAGGAGGUAAACCUCCCACACCACCGCUGCACAGAUUCCCGUCAUGGGAAUGGUGUUUUUGACUGACCAUUGCUGUUCAUGGUAUAUUGUUCCAGGAAAGUCGAAUCUAUGAUAUGGCCAAGUCUGGCAUGAGGCUGUCUGAAGCAGCCACUGUGAACGAUGCUUCCAGCUGCUUUCCAAAUUUCUCACGUUCAGCUUCUGGGCCAUUUACUGGUCUCAUCCACAGAAACAUGGCAGUGCCAGUCUACACUACGCUGAAGGGGAAAGCCACACAGAUCAGCAACGUGCCUUUCUUAGAUGAGUCUUCGGGCUCUGAUGAUGACUGUGGCUCCCAUGCCAGCUUCAGGAAUUCUACUGCUGGAUCUGAAAACAGGAAAGCUAGCAUGCCAGGCAGCCCUCGUGCAGUGAAAAGAGGUGUUUCUAUGUCCUCACUGAGCUCUGAGAGUGACUAUGCCAUCCCUCCUGAUGCCUACUCCUUGGAUGGGGACUAUUCAGAGCCAGAACAUAAGCUACAGCGGACAUCUUCCUAUUCCACUGAUGGUGGAAUCUGCACUGAAUCCAUGGAGAAAUCAGGUUACUUGCUGAAAAUGGGCAGUCAGGUGAAGAUGUGGAAGAGACGAUGGUUUGUUUUAAGAAAUGGACAAAUCAUGUACUACAAGUCUCCGAGCGAUGUUAUCCGCAAACCACAAGGGCAGAUGGAGCUGAAUUCCUCGUGCCAAAUUGUCAGAGGUGAAGGGUCCCAAACAUUCCAGCUCAUGACAGAGAAGAGAACCUACUUCCUGACAGCAGACUCUCCCAACAUCCUGGAGGAAUGGAUUCAUGUCCUACAGAGCAUCCUUAGAGUGCAAGUGACCAGUCCUGUUGGUGUUCCUCAUAGUGAUGCUAAACCUACUGUGAAAGGCUGGCUCACCAAGGUCAAGCAUGGUCACUCUAAGCUGGUCUGGUGUGCACUGAUUGGAAAAACUUUUUACUACUAUCGAAAUCAUGAGGAUAAGUGUCCCUUAGGACAUCUGCCUUUGCGUGAGUCCAAGGUGGAAGAAGUGGACCGUUCCUGUGACUCUGAUGAAGAUUAUGAAGCCACUGGUGGAGGACUUCUCUCAUCCCACUGCACUUUGGUGAUUCACCCACAAGACCAGAGUCCCACGUACUUACUCAUUCGCACAAAACAUGAGAAGAAUACCUGGCUGUACCAUCUGACAGUAGCAGCUGGUAGCAGUAAUGCCACAGUGGGAACAUCAUACGAACAACUCAUUGGAAAACUGUUGGAUGCAGAGGGAGACCCUAAUUCUCCUCUGUGGAAACAUCCUAUGUUGUGCUACAGUAAGGAUGGGUUGCACACAUCCCUUACCACCCUCCCAUCUGAGGCUCUGCAGACUGAAGCUCUGAAACUUUUCAAGUCCUGUCAGCUGUUCAUCAAUGUCUCCGUGGAAGCAUCCUCUGUUGAUUACCAUGUGUCACUUGCCCAGACAGCACUGCAGGUCUGCUUGACGCAUACUGAGCUGCAGAAUGAAAUCUACUGUCAGCUUGUUAAACAGACAAGUUGCCGACAGCCCCAGAAUCACUCAGUCAUUCAGUGCUGGCAACUCCUGGCUUUAUGUGCUCCUCUGUUCCUGCCACAACAUCACUUCCUCUGGUACAUCAAACAGCACUUCCAGCGCCAUGCAGACCCCAGGAGUGAAAUAGGCAAGUAUGCCAUCUACUGCCAGAGAUCAGUGGACCGCACUGUGCAGACUGGCGAGCGGGAAGCCAAGCCGUCACGGAUGGAGAUCGUGUCCAUCCUGCUGAGAAAUCCCUACCACCACUCACUGCCCUUCAGCAUCCCGGUGCACUUUAUGAACGGAACCUACCAGGUUGUAGGUUUUGAUGGCUCCUCAACAGUUGAUGAAUUCAUCCAGCGGCUGAACCAGGAGACAGGAAUGAGAAAACCAUCCCACAUGGGAUUUUCUCUGUUCACAGAUGAUCCUUCUGGCAGGGAUUUGGAACACUGUUUGCAGGGCAACAUGAAGAUCUGUGAUGUCAUUUCUAAAUGGGAACAAGCCUUAAAAGAAUUGCACCCUGGGAAAUAUGAAGGUGGCACAAGAAUCGUGAAAUUGACCUAUAAGAACAGGCUGUAUUUUCGGAGCCAAGCCAAGGGUGAGACAGACCGGGAGCGGUUGCUGCUGGCCUUCCAAGUCAGCAAUGAAAUAGCCAGUGGAAGGUUUCCUGUUAAUAAGGAAUUAGCUCUGGAAAUGGUUGCUCUGAUGGCUCAGGUGGAAUAUGGGGAUUUGGAUCGACCAGGAUCUUCAAGCCCUGGGGGAACAUCACAAUCCAAAAUGCAGCAUCUUCUCCACCAGGUCUUAGAUAAAUUCUACCCCAAACGCUACAAGCAAAACAUUGCUCCUGAACAGCUCAGGCAACUGGCUGACAGGCUGGCGACAAAGUGGAUGGUGCUGCAGGGAUGCUCUCCACCGGAAUGUGUUCGAAUUUAUUUAACAGUGGCCCGCAAAUGGCCUCUCUUUGGAACCAAAAUGUUUGCUGCUAAGCCUAUUUUGCCUUCCUCCUUGGAAGACUGUCCAGUCUGGAUAGCUGUGAAUGAAGAUGGUAUCAGCAUACUGGAUUAUAACACUAUGCACUUGAAGCUCUCUUAUUCGUACUCUUCCGUGCUGACCUUUGGAGGCUGUCGAGAUGACUUCAUGAUUGUAGUCAGUCAAAUGAAAGAAAGGAGUUCUGGAAAAAACAGCACAGAAAAACUCCUUUUCGCAAUGGCAAUUCCAAAGAUUGUUGAAGCAACACUUCUUAUUGCCAGCUAUAUUAACUACCGUUCAACAGCUUCACUUCUACCCUCUACACAACCUUCCCGAAACGCAACACCUGCUAACAAGCUCUGGGAGACAGAAAGUCGGUGCUUUUUUCCUUCCAAGCCUCGAAGCACUAAGGGGCCCACCCUGCUCUGA